AUGGCGAUAAGCAAUGAUGAAAUAUAUGCACUUUUAAAAUCUGUUCAAGAAUCAAAUAAUGGUAUAAGUCAAGAUAUAAAGCAAAUUAAAAAAGAUUUUCAAACAUACAAAGAGGAGAUCUCAAAAAUUAAGGAUACUGUGAAAACCUUAGAAAGCGCUAAUCAAAUUAUAUCAGAAAAAAUCAAUCUGCACGAUAUCAUGCGUAAAAAAAACAUUGUACUUUUUGGCCUCCCAGAGAGCUCAACCUUAGAAGAAGAUCUCAAAUCAUUUUUUCUCGAAAAACUUUCAGUCAAAAUAGAAAAUUUCGACCUAGAUAAUUUCUAUAGAAUUGGUGAAAGAUCAGAAAAUAAAGUUAGAGCUGUACUAGUUAAGUUCACCAGAGAAAAAACAAAGCAGGAUGUAUUUAAAAACGUAAAAAAACUAAGGGGAACUGCCUACAGUAUUGCUAACGAUCUGUCGCAAAAACAAAGCCAGGAACAAAACAUUUUGUAUAACCAUUAUAAAUCAGCUAAAUCAAAGCAAUAUAGUGCAAAGAUAGUUAAAAAUACCUUCAUAGUUAAUGGAACAACUUAUACAGUAGAAGAUCUACGGGAAGACGAAGAAUGAAACUUCGCAUUCCCAGAAAUUACAAAGGAAGAGCUUUUUCCUAAUCACAGUGCACCGCCAACACCAAAUCCACAACCAGACCUGAACGACUCUAGUAAGGAGCAAACACAAUAUAGAGAGGAACCGAAAAUACCAAAGCCAAACAAGCACUCCACAAACACAUUAGGAACUCCAAGAAUCUCCAGAGCAAGAAUAAACUCUCUGAGGGAUCGUGGAGAUAAAAAUGAGGAUAAAAAAAAAAACAAAACAUAAGAAUCCUAGACAAUAAAUUUUGGUAAUAAAAAAAAAAUAAAAUAAAAAAUAAAAAAAAUUCUUUGGUAAUAGGUAAGAUAAGUAGGUAUAAAGUGGAUAGUUUUUGUGCGAAUCAUGGAUCAAAGAGAUUUUCUUGAAAUAUUGAAUGACAAGCAGAAAAAAGAAGUGAACAUUAUAGACUUCAAAGAACUCGACAACUAUGUAAGUGACUUUUAUUUAAGCAAUUUAUUGAUAUUACAUCUCAACAUAUCUAGCCUAAGAAAGCAUUUGGAUGAACUAAUAGUAAUUUUAAAUCGCUCAAGAAUAAGAGCACAUCUAGUAGUAUUAUCUGAAACAAGAAACAAGGAACUUUGAAGAUUUGUCCUCAGUUGCCAUACCUGGUUAUGAAUGCCUGUACAAUGAAUCUAAAAUGAAUCAAAAUGACGGAUUAAUAAUAUAUAUAAACAAAUGUAUAAAAUUUACCUCAAAAAUAACCACUGUGAACCUUUUCAAUUACUUAUCAAUCAAAUUUAAAUUAAACGAUACAACAAUUAAAAUCGAUUCAAUAUACAGGCUCCCCUCCACCAAUGAGGAUGAUUUUAUAUCAAGCUUGGAUGGAUAUUCCAAAAACACCCAAAAAGCAAAGAGCGAGGAGCUAAAACUAUUUAUAGGCGACAUCAAUAUUGAUAUUCUUUCGCAAACAAAUAAAUACACAAACGACUACUUGAACUGUCUCUAUAAAUAUGGCUAUAUAUUUCUUAUAUAAAUGAUUACACACGGGUAGCAGAUGACUCAAAAUCAUGCAUUGACCACAUUUUUGUUGGGGGUACCACUAAUAGUAAUAAUCUUGAUCUUACGCCAUUUAUUGUAAAAAACAACUUAUCAGAUCAUUACACAGUUGCACUUUUAAUUCAAACAAACACCCCUAAAAUAAUAAAGGAAACAAAAUUUAUAGAAAAAAUGGACUAUACAUUAUUACAAAAUAAACUUUCUCGUGAAAAUUGGGACGAGGUAACCAUGAUGCAUGAUAGUGAAGCUUCCACAAGUCUGUUUAUAGAUACUCUACGUAGAAUAAUUCAAGGCU